AUGGCUGCCCAAGAGAGUAACCAGCGCUUCAAGCUGGAGAACCUCUUCAGUGUCAAGGACAAAGUCGCCCUAAUCACCGGCGGCGGCUCAGGCAUCGGCCUAAUGGCCGCGCAAGCUCUCGCCGUCAACGGUGCCAAAGUCUACGUAACUGGCCGAACCGCAAAGAAGCUUGAACGCGUCUCCGCCCUCUAUGACAGCGCCGAAAACCCCAUCCCAGGCAAAAUCAUCCCCAUCGUAGCCGACGUAACCAACAAAGAGGAGAUCCGCAAGCUCGUCGACGAGAUCUCCACCCGCGAAGGCUACCUCUCCAUCCUCAUGAACAACGCCGGCAUCUCCGGUAACACCCAAGAAGUCGAACCCGAAGACCCAACCAAGCUCCGCGAGAACCUCUUCGACGACCCAGCCGCCACCUUCGAGGAAUGGGACUCCGUCUAUCGCACCAAUGUCUCGCAGAUCUUCUUCAUGACAGCUGCUUUCCUGCCGCUUCUGCAGAAAGGCUCGGAGCGUGAACAGGGCUGGUCCAGCACUGUGAUUAAUACUACUUCUAUCUCGGGUAUUGUGAAGGUCUCCCAGCAUCACUUUGCCUACAAUGCCUCCAAGGCGGCGGCGAUUCAUUUGAAUAAGAUGCUGGCGCAUGAGAUAUAUACUUCUAACCUGCGUGUGCGGGUUAAUAAUAUUGCGCCGGGCGUUUUCCCUAGUGAGAUGACUACUGGGGAGAGUGAUGAGGGACAGAAGAGUUUCAUUCCGGCUGAGAAGUAUCGUGAGAAGGUUCCUGCUUCGAGGCCUGGAAAGGAUGAAGAUAUGGCUAGUGCUGUGCUGUUCACUGCUUGUAACCAGUAUCUGAAUGGGCAGACUAUCGUUGUUGAUGGUGGUUAUGUGCUUGCUGCUGGAACUGUUUAA